AUGAUUUUGAAGCCGGCUGCCGUUUAUCCCGAUCCGUUUUGUGGAGGUCCUCACAAGCUUGUUCUUUGCGAAGUUCUCGAUGCUCAUUCUAAGCCUGCAAAAACGAACCAUCGCAGCGCAUGCAAAGCAGUGAUGGAUAAGGUUAUCCAUACAAAUCCUAUGUUUGGAAUGGAACAGGAAUACCUUCUGUUAGAUCGGGAUGGCUACCCACUUGGAUGGCCGAAACACGGAUAUCCUGCUCCUCAAGGUCCGUACUACUGUGGGAUAGGAGCCGAUAGGAUUUUUGGCCGUGAAGUGGUCAGUACGCAUUAUCGAGCAGCGCUUCACGCAGGUCUCGCAUUGUUCGGUACGAAUGCGGGUGAGUUCUUUUUUGAGUAA